AUGGAGGAGAGUGAAACAAAGGGGAGAAUCAAGCAACAAAACGAAAAGGCUUGUGUUUCAGUUGAGAGAAUUGAGUCUACUUUGCUCUCAUCUUUUGUGAAGAAAGGAAAAGAAACGUCAAAUAAGAGAAACUAUAAGCGAAACAAGCGCAAAGCCGAAGAAGAAAUCUGUUCAAAACCAACCAAGAAGAGGAAUGCUCGAGGAUUUGUUCAGUGCAAGGAGGUGGAGAAGGAGGAGGUUAAGAAAACAAGGAAGAGGAAAAGUAAGAGACAGCAAAAGGAUAAUAAGGUUGAGGUAGAUGAAGCAUUGCGGUUGCAGAGGAGAACAAGGUAUUUGCUUAUUAAGAUGAAGAUGCAGCAGAAUCUUAUUGAUGCAUAUGCCACUGAAGGUUGGAAAGGUCAGAGCCGGGAAAAGAUAAGACCAUACAAGGAGCUUGAGAGAGCACGGCAACAGAUCUUAAACUGCAAGCUUGGACUACGCGACGCCAUUCGCCAGUUGGAUGUGCUUAGCUCGGUGGGAUGCAUUGAAGAGCAAGUGAUGGCUGCAGAUGGAUCUAUUCAUCAUGACCAUAUAUUUUGUGCGACAUGCAAUUCUCGAGAAGCUUCUGUGGACAAUGAUAUAAUACUUUGUGAUGGAACGUGUAAUCGUGCAUUUCACCAGAUGUGUCUUGACCCUCCUUUGGAAACAGAGAGCAUACCUCCUGGAGAUCAGGGAUGGUUUUGCAAAUUUUGUGAUUGCAAAAUUGAAAUCCUCGACUCAAUGAAUGCGCAGAUAGGAACAAGUUUCCCUGUGGAUAGCAACUGGCAGGAUAUCUUCAACGAAGAAGCUAGUCUUCCUAUUGGAUCUGAAGCUGCUCUUAACACCGAAGUGGAUUGGCCUUCGGAUGACUCUGAGGAUGGUGAUUAUGAUCCCGAAACGAAGGAAAACAGCGUAGCAAGUACCAGGAGAAGCAUUAGUGAUGAUGGUGGUGGUGAUGAUGAUGGAGAAAGCGAUUCAUCUAGCGUGAGUUUAGCUUCUGAUGGUGAAGCCCUUUCAACAGGAUCAUGGGAAGGCGAUAGCAAUAUGAUGGAGUUAUGCGAAACAAGUAAUGAAGAAGCUGUAAGUGGGCCAAGACAACGGAGGACUGUUGACUACACAAAACUAUACCAUGAAAUGUUUGGAAAGGAUGCUGGUUUACAAGAGCCAGGUAGUGAAGACGAAGACUGGGGUCCGUGUGAGAGAAGGAAGAGAAGAAAAGAAUCUGAUGCAGCAAGCACACUUGUAACCAUGUGUGGAAACAGUAAGAAAGAUCAAGAUGUUGUAGAAAUAGCGGAACGGAAAGAGAGAGAUUCUGUCUCUGUAGAAGGUAAAGGUGGUCGAAGGCCGAUGUUCAGACUCCCAAGGGCUGCAGUUGAGAAGCUACGUCAGGUGUUUGCAGAGAAUGAGCUUCCUUCAAAAGCUGUGAGGGAUAGUCUUUCAAAAGAGUUGAGUCUUGACCCAGAGAAGGUCAGCAAAUGGUUCAAGAAUGCACGGUAUAUGGCAUUGAGGAAUAGGAGGACGGAGAGUGUGAAACAGCCUGAGGAUUCUAAGGCAUUCUCUGCAGAUUCUGGACCAGAAGCAGUCAUGGAUAAAAACACAGAAACAAAUGUGAUUCAAGAUACCAUGGACGAGACUGUCAUGGAGGAGAACACAGAAACAAACGAAAUUCAAGAUACCAUGGACGAGUCUGUCAUGGAGGAAAACACAGAACCAAAUGAAAUUCAAGAUACUGUUGACGAGACUGUUGUGGAGGAGAACACAGAAACAAAUGAAAUUCAAGAUACCAUGGACGAGACUGUCAUGGAGGAAAACACAGAAACAGAUGAGAUUCAAGUAACCAUGGAAGAGACUGUCGUGGAGGAGAACACAGAAACAAAUGAAAUUCAAGAAACCAUGGAAGAGACUAUCAUGGAGUAUAACACAGAAGCAGAUGAAAUUCAAGAUACCACCAUGUACGAGACUGUUCCGCCUGGAUUCAUUGAUUCUGGUAUGAAUAAGACAACAAUUUCUCCCUGUAAAGAGGACCAGGAGGAAAUUCAACAGGCCAUUGUCUCCUUGCCUACACCUGUAGAAGAUGAAAGUCAACAAUAUAUGGAGCAGAAAGACUCUUCGUUAGAGCCACAUGAAGAGCCAGAUGAAGAGCUAAGCAGCGAAAUGAGCUUAAAGGCGUCUCUAGAGGAUGAGACAGAGACAGAGAGCAAGUUGACGGAAGAGGAAGAAUUUGAAGCAGUGAUGGAGAUGCUUUGUAGGGCUGAAAACAAAGUUUUGGAUGUGACGCAGAGGCUUGAAAGAUUUAAAACACCCAAAGGCCGUAAAAAGAUAGGCAAGUCUUAUUCCUCUUUACCUGAAGAAGACUCUGUAGUGUAUGUUCCAAUAGCAGAGAUCAAGGAGAAAAAGUAA